AUGUUCCAAUUCACUUCUACUUCCUUGCCAGAGUAUGAAGGUCCAUUGCGUGUCGGUUCGGUAGUCAUUGAAACGAGUGUUCCUGAAGAACUUCGGUGCCAGCUUCCUAGCAUUGAACAUGAGAUGAAAACAGUUAAACUUCGAAUGUUUUAUCCCCUUCUUCCUAACAAGGAUGUGAGACGCCGGAAAGACGAGCUUUGGCUUCCUUUCAAUGAGGGAGUUCCACAGAUUGCUAAAGGGUUUAAAUGGUGGAUGAUUCGCGCAUGUGCAUCAUGGUUUUCGAAAACGUCGCUUCCUGUUUACGAUGGGGAUAUAUAUCAGGACAGUUCGAGAAACGUUUAUUCUUCUUUAUGUGGAAAUAUUUCUUCGUAUGGGAUCGUUGUUUUGGCAUUAGAACACCGCGACCAGACUGCCAUUAUUUCGACUGUUCGUGAUCCUGCCGACCCGGAUGAUAAAGGUUAUCUUCUUCAAUACCAUGAAAUCAAAGAUUUUUAUAGCGAUAGUACUGUUGCUUUGCAUAAGGACAGGUUUUUUUUUCGUGAAAGAGAAAUCCAACUUGCUAUGAAAAUGAUCCGCUCAAUCAACGAACACGGUGUGCCUAGUCUAGACACAGCCUACUCUUGCUCUGCUGACCCCAAAUUAUAUACACGUCUUUUUGAAUCACUAAAGGGUCGCUUGAAUACUACCAAAGGAGAGAUUUUACUUUCAGGUCACUCUUUUGGAGCUGCCACCUGUGCUUAUAUAACAAAUUCUUCAACUCCUUCGCUCAAUCACAAUUACCUGCAUCGUGAAGAAUACAAAUGUGCGAUUUUGUAUGAUAUUUGGAUGUUCCCCGUUCGUCAGCUGAAUAUACAGAAAAUCCGAUACCCUACAUUGAUGAUUAUCUCCUAUGAAUUUCAUCGCUGGACCGAUAAUUACGAGGCCUUGAAAACGUGGCUUCUGGAUCGCGAGUCGGAGUCUCAAAUUGGUCAGGAAAGUGCUGCAGACAAACUUGAUAUUGUUUCAAAUGAGAAGACUUCGCACGUAUUCGUCUUGAAUGGGACAGUCCAUGCAAAUCAAAGUGACUUGCCUAUCCUUUUACCAAGCAUGGUUCUCAAAAUUUUAAAGGGAAAAGUAAAGGCUGAUCCUUAUGAGGCUGUAAAAAUAAAUACUCGCUCAUCUGUUCAGUUUUUGCGGGAAAAUGGAAUCAAAAUUCAAGGGGAAAAUGACCCCGAUUGUUUACGAUCGGAAGUCAUUCCUGGUUGGGAAAAAAUCAUUUAA